CCUUCUCUUCCUUCCUUCGGCGUAAAGGACUGCGAAUAUGCCUACCGAGGAGGAACAGCAACAGCCCGGAACAGGUGACGCACAGCAACAAGAACAGCUAGAACCUCCAUCAACGGCAGCGAGCAAAGAAAGCCCGGCCACAGUACCAACGGCAACCAGUGACGCGACAGUGGAGAAUGAACAAAAGUCUGAUACCUGCAAGGCGGAAAGGAGAUCGAUGGAGGAAGAAUCAUCGCCACAAACGAAAUCUGAACCAUCUUCUACAAAAGACGUAGAAGAGGAUCGGAAAACAGAGCAGGUAGUUCCAGUGGAUAGUACCAGUGCGUCCGAGCAUGUAAAAAAAGAUGAGUCACAUUCGGAAGCGACAAAAGGAGAUUCUAGUCCGACACCGCAGCAGCAGCAGGAGUUGUCGACAUCUUCGUCGGAUGAAGUGCCUGCGCUGGUGAAAGGUCCUCCAACUCCGAUACCGAGCCGGCAAGACGAGGACGAUGACGAGGAGGAAGAGGAUGAUGAGGGUGACAAUGAGGACCAGGAGGAGCAGCAACAGUCGUCACAACCUCAGCGGCAACAGCAGCGCAGCAGCAAACAGCGAAGCGCUGGCAGCCGGGACGGCUACAACAAUGAGGACGAGCCGCAGAACCAACGGCAGGAUCAGUCGCAAACACCCACCGGGGGCCAAUACUACGAGGACGACGAGGAGGACGACGAGGACGAGGGCGAAGAGCCGUCCGAGCUGCGGCAACUCUUCGAACCGAUCAAUGAUUCGCAGGCGCUGAGCGAGGACGAGGAGGACGGCGACUACAUACCGGACGAGGAGGUGAAGAAGACGAUCAUGGUGGGCAGCGACUUUCAGGCCGUCAUACCGGAAGGGUUGUGCCGGUACGACGAUGCGCUGCCGUACGAGAACGAGGACAAGCUGCUCUGGAACCCGACGAUACUGAACGAGCAGCAGAUCGAGGACUAUCUGGUAAAGAUUACUGCCCCGGGUGGUGGUGGUUUGGGAGCGGGCGGUGGUGCCGGUGCACCCGCCGGACAGCAGGGCAGCAGGGCUGCCGCUGGUGCUGCAAACGAGGCGCAGCCGAACAGCGUGUACGCGCUACCGCUCGGGAACCAUCUGCGGGACGACGAGCAGUCGCUGUACCUGCUGCAGCAGUGCGGACACAACGUGGACGAAGCGUUACGCCGCAAGCGCAUCAGCAACAAUGCGGUACCGGUGCCGGAGCAGCAGAUGAGCAUCUGGUCGGAGGAGGAGUGCCGCAACUUCGAGAAUGGGCUGCGCGUGCACGGAAAAGACUUUCACAUGAUUCAGCAGACGAAGGUACGCACCCGGUCCGUCGGCGAGCUGGUACAGUUCUACUACCUGUGGAAGAAAACCGAACGGCACGAUCUGUUCGCGAGCAAGGCGCGGCUCGAGAAGAAAAAGUACAACCUGCACCCGGGGCUGACCGACCACAUGGAUCGGUUUCUGGAGGAGCAGGAAAACAGUACCGGGUUCGGGGACCGCAGCUCGUCGCCGGGCUUCAACAGUCUGUACAGUAGCGCGUCGGAAGCGAAGCGACAGCGGCUGCUCGACUCGAAAGAUAACAACACUGCCUCCACGAAGCGUUCCGCCUCGAACCUGUGACUCGUGGUAAGGCGGAAGGGAUUGAAGUUGCGGCUGAAGGAGCGCAAAUAAAGGCUGGGGGAAGAGGAGAGCAAAAAAGUAAAAAAUAAAUGAAUAAAGACCGGCACAGCUGACACCGCAACUAUCGACAUUCGCCUUUCGUCGUCACACGCUGGCGGGGAUGAUGAUCCUCGCUUCUCAUCGUCAACGUCAAAUCAAUCGUCAUUUGUUUCAUCGGGUUUUUGCAACUGCGCUAUGGUUUUUGUAGUAGUAGUAGUGUUAGUAGCUGCAACAACGGCUAUUGGUGGUGGGGUUUUAAACUGGCCACAGGUUUUGUUCUUUUACCUACAGCAAUACCGAGCAUGGACACGGAACAAAAGCCGAGAUUGUGCGAAGAUUUUAGCGUAGAAGGACGAGGAAUUAUAAGGCAGGACCCUUUUCAUUUGCUUUUAUAAAGUGUACUUGUGUGUGUGUGACUUUAGGGUAGAUUAUGGAAUGGGAAGAAGCAUUUGUAUCGUGAGCACACGUGUAUUAAGCUCAGGCGCACACUAACUAACACACUUCUCAGUAGGGAUGUUUUGUACUGUUGAUCUUUCUCCGCCGCCCGUUUUGUAACCUUUAGCUAGUAAGAAGCAGAUGUACCUCUGCCGCCUGGCCGGAUGGAUUCUGAUGUAUUGUGUUUUGUAAAAAGAAUAAACUAACAUCGCUAUCGUACACAUAUAAAGAUAUAUAUGUUGAAUGUUAUACACGGAAAGCGUACCAGAUACCUGUUUUAUUUUUUUCUGUUUGCUUUAGCUAAUAAGAGACCAAGUGUGCUGAUCGAUCGACUCAGCAACACAAUAACAGUAAAAAAACAAUAGGUGAUUGCGAGAGUAUUGAUUUUUUAGGCUUUGUGUGUGAGGUGUAUUGCCAGUUAGUGUUUUACAGGGUUUCCCAUGGGUUCUCAUAGUUGCGAGACACUUAUUUGACUCUUUCUUAUGGGAAGGGAACUUUAUAUGAUUUAAAUUGGACUCUGUGGCACCUUUUUUGGAUAAGCUCCUUGGAAAUUCCUAUUGGAUUUGCCCAACAAGGGUGCUAUAGAGUCCAAUUUCCCAUUAUAUUAGGUUCGUUUCACGCAAGUAAGGGUCAAAAAGGUGUCCCACAGCUAUGAGGACUCCUGGAAAACCCUGUAUUAUUGUGUGUAUUGUGCGAAGAGAACGGACGGCAUAAAACGCACACUGGAAGAACCUUUUUUAAUCGGAACUGUUCCGCCUUAUUCCCAUGAAUUGGAUGCCCGUUUACGGUCGAUGUGUACAGUAGCGGGAAGGAUAUUAUUCAUCAUACAGUGAAAACAUUAAUUUAUCUAAUGCCAUCUCAUGAACAGCCCUUCCCUUUUAAUACUAAUCCGGUUUCCUUUGUAUGAAAAGCUGUAAAAUACAUGAACACCCUCUAAAACAGAAUAUACGCAUAAGAAGAAUUAUUGUACGUUUGUAAAAGUAAGAGGCAUUUGCAAGAAGAACAUAUAUAUAUAUAUUAUACGAUAGAAGUGUAUACAAUUGGUGUGAAGGGUGAGGUCGUGGUAGAGAGAGAGAAAGAGAGAGUGAGAUAGAAAGCUUAUUUCGUGGAAUGGAAUGAAUUGUGGGAAGUAUUUUCGUAUUAUUUUUGUAUAAAAAUUGCUUGGAGGAAGAACAAUUACAAUGCAGCAGAUUGAAUUUCCAGAAAAUGAAGUAAGAGAGAGAGACAGAGAAGCUUAGGAGCAGGUUACAAAAUGAUCUUGAGAAACGUCAAUCGCUCUUUGUGUGGAAAGGAAAAUGAAAGGAAAAUCUUACUUUUUGGAGGACAAAAGUCGUAUGUGUUUUAAAAACAUUUAGAUAUCAAACAGAAGAAAUUGAAGUGAAAAAAGCUAAAACGUAAAUAUAAUAAUUCAAAAAGCUUAAUCAUACUUUCGGUACUCUUGAAUAAAACUUUGUACUCUUGGCAUAAUCAAACAAAGCAAAAACAGUAUCAAUACAAAAAUAACAAAAAAAACAUGCAUUUAAUGGAAAAUAUUAUAGGAAUAUGUCGGAGAAACAUGGAUCGAUGAAAACAAUCGAUUUCAAAUUUGAUUGAAAAAUUUGUUUCACACAAUGAGCAGGGAGACGUUUGCAGCAAUGGGAUUAGAGGAACAGCAGUCAGAAAGCUGAAUUGUAAGCUGGUGAACAAUGUAAAAGGGCAGUGUUUUGGGGAAGUAAAAACUACUAACUGAAAAUGAAAAA